AUGGAACGAGCGAAGAAAUCUCGCAAGCGCCCCAACAUCUGCCCGGAGCCAGUGGUGGCCAGUGCGCCAAAGCAAGAUCAAAGUGCAAGCACCUUUACGCUCACUGCAUCAACGGAUGGAUGCAGAUUGAUCCGCGAGGAAGUCACUCUUCGCCUCUCACGGUCUACCAAUGCCCACAGUCACGCUGCAACUCCAUCGACAGGCCCACAAUCUCCUUGCAUUUCGACUUCGGACCUGUUCGAGACACCUGAUCUUGACGACUUCACCCUCGACAAUCCAUGGUUCGAAGAGGACGUGGAAAAUACGCACCGACAGGCUCAAAUCGAUGAUGAAGACGAACUUGAUGUUUGCAACAUUGACGAUGACGGUGACGCUGGCGGAGGGGUAAACACAGGGCAAGGUUGCCUCCAGACUACCCCGCGGCCGCUGCUCUCUUGGCUGCCACAUCGCCCUGAAUUUCUUGACGAGCUGCUUCGCUACGAGGGCCGUGGCUACUGGCGUAACGAUGCGAGCUGUCCAUCGUGCCACAGUGGCGCUCCUCCCACAAUCCGAUGCGAGGAUUGUUUUGGCAGGAGACCUGUUUACGUAUCUUGCGCCAUCGAGAGCCAUAGAUCAAAUCCAUUCCACCGGGUCAAGACUAAGGCAUUUUUCAAGCGAUGGACUGGCCAAUACUUCGCCCACGAGACCUUGGCCAACGUCGGAAUAGUGAUACCUCUUGGACCGCACUUACCCGGACAAGUACGCUGUCCCACAUCAUUCACCGUCGAAAAUUUCCUCGUCAUUCAUACGAACGGGAUUCACUAUGUCAACCUCGAUGUUUGCCGCUGUGGCGAACACGAAACUCAUCGCCGCGUCCAACUUCUUCGAGCAGGCAUUUUCCCCGCCACGAUCCAUAAACCACAGACAGGCGCCACGUUCGAAGCGAUGCGCAUUUUCCAUCUCUUAUCACUGCAGGGCAAGUUAACUGCGUACGACUUCACCAAGGCUAUCCAAGCGGCCAGUGAUAAUACAGGUAUUCGUUUUCCUCCGUCUCGCCUCGAGCCGUUCUUGGUGAUGGCUCGAGAAUGGCGCCACCUCAAAAUGGCGAAGCGAGCUGGCAGAUGUCACGAUCCUGCUGGUAUCGAGGCGACUUCUCCAGGUCAGCUUGCUGUACAAUGCCCAGCGUGCCCGCGACCCGGAGUGAAUCUCGCACCUGGAUGGGAAAGUGUCCCAGAGACUGAUAGGUGGCUGUACCGUCUGGUCUUGUCGAUGGACGCCAACUUCCGGCUUAAGAAUCGACUUCGUGCUCGCAGUCGUGCCGAUCCAGGGCUCGGCACUGGCUGGGCUUACUUUGUGGCCGACGAUGAGUAUCGGGAGCACGUACUGAAGCACGCAACGGAGGAAGAGAUCAGCAACUGCUCUGGUUUUGAGGCUCUCUCGAACGCAAAUAGCAAGAACUCGAAAGGCCUUCGUUCAACCGGCGUUGGCGCUGUUAUCUGUUCACGACACUCUUUCUGGAGGCCGGCCGGAAUUGGGGACUUACAGAAGGGCGAACGCUAUUGCAACAUGGACUUCGUCCUCUGCUCAGUCAUCUUCGUGGAGGAAAAAGUUCUGGAGCGAGCGCCUUGCAGGACUCCCAGAGCGCCUUCGCCCCACUAUCGCACAGGCAGCCGUGGAGUUGGACAUCCCAAAGUUCCACCUUUGGGCACACGAGCAGUCUUGCCACGCACCGCACCGCACUCCCUCAACUUCACUGAGACGGACGGAGAGUCCAUCGAGCGAAACUGGGCGGCGCUCAAUGGUGCGGCGCCUAGUACAAGGGAGAUGGGGCCUGGAUCACGCCACGACACUCUGGACGAUCAUUGCGGUUAUGGGAACUGGAAGAAACUUAUUGGGCUAGGCCAUCUCCUCCGCCGUCGCUUGGCACACGCCAUGGAAGAGGGUUUGGGCCACAUCGAAAUUUUCGAAGAAUUUACCGAGGAUCUCAAAGUUUCGCAUCCGGAUCAAGUCCGCGAGUGGCGUGCAUCGGUUCUCGAGUGGGAGAAGAAUGGGAUGGGUGCGAACAGCCCUUAUGAUUUGGAAGGUGAAGAAGUAACGCUCUCAAUGGUCACGAAGCGACUUGGGGAAGAAGAAGCCCACAACGUUAUGGAACGUAGGAACGUUGUUCCGGGGCGUAGUGCAUUUCUACUCGGAAGAUACGACACCGCACAACGCGCGAAAGGCGUCAACACAGACAACCAGGGGACAACAUUCCAAGAGCAGCGAACACAUCUGCUUCGCCGUAUUCAGCGAUAUCGCCUGGACCAGGACACUCAAAUGCCUCGUGUCUCGAUAGUCAUCACACCCGACGAUUCUCCAUCUAUCUCUGAUGUCACGACCCGCAACCCCGAGUCGAUCCAGCUCUUCAUGCCAUCGAACAUCGAUGAAGCCGAACGCCUUAUCUAUUGUGACCCUGAGCUUGUCCAGAUGGAGACCGACAUCCGUUACUCGUGCGCCGUGGACGCCCUGCAGGAUCUUCGCCGCCAACUCCACUUCCGCGUUUACAUCAACCAGUUGAAGAUCAAAAAUGUCACAGGCCAGCGUCCGAAUACGAGGGCCCGAACCAUGCAGAAGACUAUCGAGGGACGAGUAAAUGAAGCAGCAGAGAGAUAUCGACGGGCACAGAAGGCGUAUGUGGCAUUGGCCGGUGCGACUGCUGACCGCAAGCUGCGGGAACUCAAACCAGAACAUGUUGUUGGUCUAGGCGAGAAGGUGCAGCAGGAGAUAGAGAGGCGGGAGAUUGAGGCGAUUCGAGCCCGUCUUCAAGCGAAUGCGGGGGAUGGGGAGGCUGAGGGCCCGGUGGUGAAUGUGGCGGAGACGCCACAGGUGACGUCUGGCGAGAGUCGGCGGAAAAUAUCCUGGCUGUGGUAUUCGGGCGGCUUAGAAGACGGCGAGGAGGGUGCUGCUGAUGACACCGAAGGGACUCUCACUGGCGACAUGAAUGAUGCUGAUACUAUAGGGGUACGAGUUGAAUGGUUAAAGGCACGGGCACGAGCACAGAGGUGGGAAGAAGAGACAUUUUUGUUCAUGGCAGCGUGGUGGGAGGGUCAGACGCCGCGUACGAGUGUGAUGGGUUUGCCGGGUGAAGUCGGGGUGACAGAGGUGGCAGAUGAGAAUGGUGCUCAGAUCGUACGGGCGCACGAUAGCGACAGCAGUCCCCUCAAGGAGGGCUUGCUUGCAUAUGCUGCUGAACAAGCAGACAUGUAUCGUGGCCUACGCGACUCCUUCAAGUUGAAGUGGUCAAAUGUCCACAGGGCGGCGGGGGUAUUUUUGGCACGACACCUAGUAAUUAUGAAGGGAUCACGAUGCUCGGGUCAAGAUCAAGAAGAGGAUCGUCAUGGAAAGGCUACGACAGUGCAAAGCGAAGAGCACGGGAAUGCAAAACCCCGUCCAUCCAAGAUUCAAAAGUAUACGAAAGACUUGUGCGAUAGAGUGGGGUUUUUCAAAGGACAUGUAUGGAGUACCGUCUAUAUGUUGUCCAGCGUCGAAGAUGUCGAGGGAUAUAAUGGUGGCACCAUGAUCCCCGUUGCGAACGGCAUCUGCAUCUAUUGCCACUCGCAUGGGCAUGGCUCUGCUCAGCAAACUUGUGGGCAUCACCAUGAUGUCGGAUAUGUUAACAAGCUCGAGAGAUAUGAUUGUGAAUCUGUGGAGAGGGUCGUCGCGAUCUGGGAGGUAACUGAGGCCGACAUGGAGAGUAGAAGUAGUAUGACUCAGAGGUUUGGCGGGCAGGUCGAGUGCUUGGAUAGCAGUUUGCAUCAGGAUGGGAUUCGCAAGGGCUAG